CGGCGUAGAGGCCGGCGGAGAGGACGGCGGUCCGCCUGCGGGAGAAGGACGUCGCGAAGACGCCAAGAUGGUGCCGGCUCAGACGCAGACGAGGAAACGCAAAGGUGCGAACAAAUACACGCAAACUCCUGCUGCUUUUCAGAGCCACAAGGAAACACAGACGGACCUCCGGGCCGACGGAGAGACGGAGGAGAAGGAGGCCAGACCGAAGGUCAAGCCGGAGGUCAAACCGGAGGUCAAGCCAGAGGUCAAACCGGAGGUCACCGCUCAGAGCGGAGCGUCUUCGGAUUCAGCCGAGGGUCGAAACCCGGAGAGAGAGGGCGAGUCCAGAGAGGGGAAUCCAAGUGCGGGCAAAGUCUCGGGGGGAGGAGCCAAAGCGACGUCCUAUGCCGGCGCCGUGUCCGGAGGGGGAGGCGGUCCGGAGAAAAACACAAAACCUCCCCAAAGCUCUCGGGAUCGAAGCCCAGUGAAAGGUCCGCCUCCUGCUCCGCCUCCUGCUCCGCCUCCUGCUCCGCCUCCUGCUCCCACCUUCACCGUUCACAUCUACGCUGUGCUGGACAAAAAGUUUCACUUCAACCAAGACCACGACACACUUCUGCUGUGUUACAGCAAAGAGGGUUUACCCUUGAAGAUUACACAUUUCAUUGGACAAAAUCAAGGAUAUCUGGUCGAAGCAAGUCUUUCCGUUCAAGAAAAGGACUUCAGGAGAGGCGAAUGGUGGACUUAUUGGUACGAAGUAAAGCAACGAAGCAAAAGGAUUUCAGGAAGUAUCACAAGACACGUUCAAAUCCCAUACGACCGAAACCUCAAAGAGCUGCACCUUUACGAAGGCGUCAUCGCUCGUGAGGAAAGUAUUUGGCGUGGCUUAUUCGGCUGGCAGAAAACAAAAGGCGUCGAGGUGUCGGACGCCUGGCAGGCCUCGGCGAGGGCUCUGCUGCACAGGACCUUCAAGACGUGGUCCCCGUCAGACCAACUGAACACCGAGAGUUUGUGUGACCGCUUGAUGCAUUUUAAGGGGAGUCUCGGUUCUGCACACACAAGGAUGACAUUCCCAGACGGCUCACAUCCUCCCGUGGUCCUGGCAUCGCAGCUGAUUGCGGAGACUUUGGUUCAGAUGUUAAAAGGCGAGCCGGAGGAUCAGCUCCCCGGCGGCUGGAGGAGCAGCGGUCCUCUGGCUCAGGGCCUGUCUCUGUUCAAGGUCACCAGGAAGUGUGAAGUCAACCUCGGGGGGGCAGGCUGGACUGAGCUGUGUCUCCGGGUGUCCUCAGAGACCGCAAUGGACCAGACAAACCUGGACUGGAUGCUCAGUAAUGUCCAGCAGCCACAAUACAUCGUGCUGGGUCUGAUGAACCUCUGUGCCGAGCAGAAGGUGUCGGAGCUCGUCCUUCUGGUUCCUCUGCUCUUCAGGCUCAGACAGCCGGGAGCCGACGCAGCCAAAGUGGGUCCAGCUGUGGAGGAGCAGGACUGGUCUGGACUGGGAAAUGUGUUUUUCCUCAAGUUCAGGGAGGGUAUACGGUCCAGCCCCGACAAGAGAACGAGAACGCUGGGCUGCAUCCGGACCCUCUUGCCUUCGGCCAAAGAAAAGCUUCCGCUCCUCAUCGCCUGGUCUUCUCUGGUCGCGUUUGAGGAUCUUCCUGAAUUUUCGGACCUGACGGGGAUCCCCGCAGAGCACCUGAUCCAGAGUCUGUUCUACAGACUGCGACAAUGUGGCGACGACAACAACGCAGCAGAGGAGAACGCAAAGCACGCUCAGACCACCCUGACCCGCAUCCUGCAGAAGGUGGACCGGGAGGCGGACAGGAUGACGCGAGGUGGACACGUCCAGCCCGCCUUCCUGAGCGCCGUCGGCGUGCUGAAUUACGCGUGCAUCGCCAUGCGCCUCGUCCAGCGCUACGAGGCCGCCGCCCUCUCCUUCCGGCUGGUGGUGAAACUGGCGGAGAUGCUGGACGCCGACCUGAGGAAAGAGUCCUCGGGCGAUGGCGCCGAGGCCUCGAGGAAGAAGCUCUCGGGCGAGCUGAAGUCAGCACAGCAGCGAAUCAGAGAGUGGAGGGACGGCCUGCUGCUGAAGCCCCUCCUCACGCCCUCAAAGGGCCUCAGCUACCCAAAGGAAAUAGAGAUGUGGGACGCGCUGCUGAAGGCGGACUGCUCUCCGGGAGACGUUUCCUCCGACUGGAGGUCGAGUCUGGAGCGAGACCUGAAGAAGAGGAUCUCCCAGGCGAGUGAUGAGGACAAAGUCCUGGUCUGCUGCCUGCCGGCGGCCUCGGCAGCGAUAAAGAAAAGUGACGACGUCGUCCAGACGUGUUUCAACGAGCUGCUUCAGUCCGCUAUCGAGACGAUCUGCCAGAGAGGGCUGGAGGGCGACCUGAUGAGGAGCCUCAGCUCGAGGACGGACGACCCUCCCGACGCCGUCGUGUCGGCCGUCGUGGUCGAGUCGGCGGCUCGGUUCGGAGACGACUCCGUAGUCCAGCUGCUCGACCGUCAGUCCGCCGUGAACCACCUGCUGUCUCGCGGCGACUGGACGUCGAUCCGGCUGAGCGGCGCCGCGGCACAGGUGGUCCACGACUGUGUGUCCGGCCUGCGGUCUCUGGUGGGGUCUCUGCUGCGGGGAGACGUGGCCCUGGGACACCUGCAGACCUGCCUGAAGCACAGGGAGGAGUUCCAGAGGCUCCAUCGGCAUUACAGGAAACACGGCGAGUCUGAGGCGGUUCAUGUCGACGCCGACGCGGUCUUGUCUCAGAGAGAGAAGGACUUGGCUUCCUUCACGCAGCGCAGAGAGCAGAUGGAGACGCUGAUAAAGAUGGUGGCAAAGGUCACAGAGAGCAUCACGGUUCCUGAGAUGGCUCUUCUUGAGAAGCAGCACGGUGCAGACCUCCAGCCGGUGAGCCUGAACAAACUGGUGCUGGUUCAGUCCUUCGAUGCCGAGGGCAAGCUGGGGAAGACGGGCCCCUCCCAGGUGCUCUGGUACAAAACCAGUAUGGAUGUCCUGAAGAUGUCCAGCGAGAUGCACAGACUGCGUCACAGCACCCUGGUUCUGUCCCGCUGGGUCGCGGGUGCUGCUUCACUGGCGUCGACCAGGAAGACCGGCUCGGCCCCUCUUCCGGUCACCCUGGUGCUGGUCUGUGAAAACAUCUGGAAGCCGCUGCUGACGGAGUUCUCUCGGCUCGGCGUCGGCUUCGCCAACGCGGGCGUCACUUUCAGGCAGCUGGACCAGGUCCUGGUGGAGUCCGGCGACCGGGGAGACGGGACGCUGAUGAAGAUGGAGCUGAGCCUGAUGGCCGAGACGGUCGGCGGGGCGGAGGGGCGGUCCGAGCCCGAGCGGAGCUGGGUGGAGCCGAGGCUGGCCCAGAUCCAGGAGUACCGGCAGCUGCACCAGGCGGCGGCCGCGGCCUCCGCCAUGCUGAAGAUCGCCGAACGGAUGAAGCUUUCGGGGAACUUCACAGAAAUCGACACUCUCAGCCAGCUGGAAGAGGACUCCUUCAAGCAGAGGGCUCUGGGGUCCCUGAGCACCGACCUGCUUCGGGCCAAACGCCAACUCGCCGCCGUCACCGAGCAGCACACCUCCUGCCUGGAGGAGUUUCUAGAGAGCCACGCUCUGGUCUGCUGGGUCCAAGAGAACCUUAAAGAUAUGAACGACGUGAAGGUGUACGUCGACUUAGCUUCCAUAUCUGCCGGAGAGAACGACGCGGAGAUCGACCAGGUGGCCUGUUUCCACGACGCGGUGAUGGGCUACGCUCCCCUGCUCUACGACCUCAAGCCUCACGCCGGCUUAAAGGAGUUCAUGAGGUGUGCUCAGCCGGUGUGGGACACCCAAAACAGAGACGAGAAGCUGCCGGACAAAUUGAGGGAGUCGAGCCGCCUGCUGAGCUGGCUAAAGGCCCUGAAGGAGACCCACGGCUCCGUGGAGCAGUCCUCGCUCUCCCUGGCGUCUUCCAUCAACACCAACGGAGUUUAUCACGUCGGAUGGUCUGCUCACAGCACGGAGAAGAGAUGUCUUCGAAACAUGGUGUCGGUCACAGUGAACGGGGGCUCAGAGGAGAAGCGCUACAAGCUGGAGGACCUGCUGGAGCUGCAGAACAAGCUCAUGCUCAUGUCGUCCAAAGGACAGCACGGCAGAGAGCAAGUCAACAGGUUCACAGAGGUUUUUGAAGGAGUUCAGCGCCUGGGCGCCAUCCUCCUUCAGAUGCAGACAUCCGGCAACAUGCUCUUCAGGGAUUGGCUGGCUGAGGUGCGGUGCUGCCCGGAGCAGCAGCCGUGCAUCACGGCCACCUUCUCGUCCCUGCAGGGCAGAGAGAUGGUGUACGACGGCGAGGUCACCGAGCAGCUGCAAACGCUGGCUCAGUCCAUGGAGAGCUGCCAAAAGGAAUGGCGCUCCUUCGUCGGCGACUUGCGCUCCAGCUUCAACUUGCUGAACCACUACACCUCGGAGCAGAUGGUGUACCUGUGCCACUGGGUACACAAAGUGUGUCUCCGGCAGGCGCCGGUUCCCCCACAGUUAUGGCUUUUGCUUUUUCCCAUCAAGCCUCAGUGCACUCUAAGUGAUGUCAUAGUGGCUUACACUAAUGCAGCAAGUCUGACCUCGAGCCAGGACGAAUCUGACGAUGUCGAGUCUGACGAUGAAGAUCUAAUGGUGUCCGUCCCUUGUAUGGACUUAGAGCACAUGGAAGAGGCUCACAAUUUUAUCGAGUUUUCUUCAGAGGAGGAAGAUGACGGCGUAAUGACAUGUGAGGAGGAGGCCGCAGAGGGCCCACUACUCGAUGAGGACAGUCUUGAAGAACUCUGGUGUAAAUUCAAAGACGACAUGUCGCAGUACCUCAACGAGUACUUGGACAUCUCGUCUCUGGCACACUUCCUGUCGUGCCUCUCUGAAAUGAACCAGCGGCACACGAUCCGGAACCUUCCUCCGGCCCUCCAGGAGGGGAGGCCCAAUCUUGUCCUUUGUCCCGAUGCGGAGGUUUUCACCACCGUCCUGUCAUUUUACAUGCAGACUACAGAGCAGCCUCUGCCGUCUACUGACGAAGUUCUGGUCUGCAGAGAGGACACCACAGAGGAGGAGGCGGAGAUCUUUCUCCGCCGAGCUCUCGGCAAAGGAGCCGGACAAGACGGGCAGAAGAUAUACUCCCUCGUCAACCCAGGAAUGCUGGGGUAUGACGUCAGCGUGGCCUUGGGGGAGCUCUUCGAGGGUCUUGAGAGAAGCGGCAACCCGCAUUAUCGCUUGAUCAUAGUCAGUCCAGUUGAGCACCAGCACAGAUAUGUGCCCUCUUACUUUAGCAAUGCCAAAGUACAGGCCGGUGUGAGUCUAACAGCAGAGCCUGCUCGGAAAUAUCUACAUCGCCACUUCACACAAAACACAUUCCUGGAAAGUCCUGUCGCACAGGUUUCUCCAGAUCAGCUCUCAGUCUGGGCGGUGUCAUCUGUACGCCCUGCAGUUGGGAAAUCCCUCUAUGUGGAUCGUUUGUUUGAGAAGUUCAAGCAGGAAUCUCCCAGAGCAAACCAUAUCCGGAUCAGACUGAUUGAGCCACGUGUUGAUAUAGACUCUUUGAUCAAGAGUCUAUCGGAGAAACUGGCACCCUUGAGAAAGCAGGACCCGGUCCUCCUGCACAUUGACACUGCUGGAGUUCGUUCCGGUCUGGAGGAGCUCCUGUUCCAUUUGUUGGUUCUGGGCUGUUUGAGCGACAGCCAUGGCGUGCUGUGGAGAAGAAAUGUUGCUCAUUUGAUCACCGUUGAGGUCCUGAGAACACACAAACCCUCUCAAAACCAGCCAAAAGAGAUGAAGCUUGGACUUCUUGACAUUCUGCCUACCAUCCAAUGUAGACCUCCAAAAGAGGUGAAGGAGUUGUUGACCAGUGGACGGGUGUUGACAAAACAGACCUACGAUCCACUCAUGGAUGAACAGGCGUUUUGCAGCGAGGGGGUUCAAAGACCCUAUCAAUACUUAAAGCUCUACGGCAACCAUCAGGAUCUGGAUCAUUUUAACUACCAGGAAGGAUCCAUAGUGGGGGAUCCCAUCGAUUGUGUCAAUCAAUUUCUGGAAUACUGUGGAAUGCAAGAUCCAUCUUGGGCUGAGCUGAAGAACUUCUCCUGGUUCCUCAAUGUGCAACUGAAAGACUGCGAGAACUCAGUUUUCUGCGAUCCAGAUUUUUUGGCAGACCAACUGCCUGGUUUCAAGGGCUUCAUCGUGAAGUUCAUGAUUCUAAUGUCAAGAGAUUUUGCCUCGCCAUCUCUGAAUACAUCUGAUGAAAGUCCCAUGCUGCACAUUGACAACAGUCUGGAGGAUGACCUUCUUGCCCGUCUGACAAUUCGUAAGCAUUGGGAAAAUGAGUCUCAUCCGUACAUUUUCUUUAAUGCAGACCGAUUCUCAAUGUCUUUUCUCGGCUUUAAUGUGAUAUGUCAGAGGCAAAACCAACUCAAUGCAGUUGAUCCUCGAAGCGGCAAGGUCCUGAUGGAAAACGUGAUGUCACAAAAACUGUUUCAGGAUUUGGAACGGCAAAGGAUCUGUCUCACUGAAGACUUUGAUCAGUUGCCACGUCCGGACAAAAUCAAAAGGAUUUCCUGCGUUGUCGGUGCAAACAAAGGAAAAAUGGACCGAACAUUUGAUCCAGACCCAACAUAUGAGCUCACUGCUGACAAUGUGAUGAAAAUGUUGGCCAUACACAUGAGAUUCCGGUGUGGAAUUCCAGUUGUCAUCAUGGGAGAGACUGGCUGUGGGAAAACCAGAUUAGUCCGUUUCCUGUGUGCUCUGCAGAGGGAGGAUAAACCGGUAGAGAACAUGGUACUUGUCAAGGUACAUGGUGGAACUACGGCAGAGAUGAUCUACAGAAAGGUGAGGGAGGCGGAGAUACUUGCCAGAGAGAACCGUCAAAUGCAUCAGCUAGACACCAUUUUGUUCUUUGACGAAGGCAACACCACAGAGGCCAUUUUUGCCAUUAAGGAAGUCCUGUGUGACCAAACAAUGAAAGGGAAACCUCUGAAGGCAAACAGUGGCUUGAAAAUAAUAGCUGCUUGCAAUCCUUACAGGAAACACUCACUUGAAAUGGUGAAACGUUUGGAACGUGCUGGUUUAGGAUACAGGGUGAAGGCAGAUGAAACAGAAGACCGCCUCGGCAAAGUCCCUCUGCGACAGCUGGUGUACAGGGUUCAUCCUUUGCCUCCAAGCAUGGCUUCUUUGGUGUGGGACUUUGGUCAGUUGAGUGAUUCAACUGAACUUUCCUACAUUAAACAGAUUGUCCAGAAGCAAGUUGUCGACCAUCAUUUGCCAAUGAUCUGCAAGGACAUCAUUUCAAAUGUGCUAGCAGCUUCCCAGAAAUACAUGCGAAGUCGGGAAAACGAGUGCAGUUUUGUGAGUCUCAGAGAUGUGGAGAGGUCUAUGAAGGUGCUAGUUUGGUUUUACCAGCAUAGCGAGGUCCUUUUCAAAAACUGCUCUCAACUCAAUGAGGCUCAUAUAGCACUGAAGUGCUUGAUUCUUUCAGUUGGAGUCUGCUACUACCCGUCUCUGAGCGACAAAGAGCACUACCUCUCUGUAGUUUGUCAGUACUUUCCGGACCCUCUGUGCUAUUCAAGAUCAUUGCAAGAAGAGAUUUCAUCCUGUCAGGACUUCUUCCUUCAGAACAUACAGACAAGGGAGACCAUAGCUAAAAACAUUGCACUCAAAGAGAAUGUGUUUCUCAUGGUGGUUUGCAUUGAGCUCAGGAUCCCACUCUUUCUGGUUGGCAAGCCAGGCAGCUCCAAGUCCCUUGCUAAAACAGUGGUGGCGGAUGCCAUGCAGGGCCAGAACUCCCACUGUGACCUAUUCAAAAAACUCAAGCAAGUUCACAUGGUUUCCUUCCAGUGCAGUCCUCACUCAAGUCCGGAGGGCAUCAUAGGGACCUUCAAGAACUGUGCCCGUUUCCAGAAGGACAAAAAUAUGGAUGAGUAUGUGUCUGUGGUGGUGCUUGAUGAGAUAGGACUCGCAGAAGAUUCUCCUCAGAUGCCCCUGAAAACCCUUCAUCCUCUCUUGGAGGAUGGUUGCAUUGACAACGACAAGCCGGAUCCACACAUGAAAGUCGGCUUUGUUGGCAUUUCCAACUGGGCUCUUGACCCAGCAAAGAUGAACAGAGGAAUAUUUGUGUCGAGAUGGGAUCCGAGUGAGGAUGAACUUGUGGAAACUGCCAAGGGAAUUUGUUCAUCCUCCAAGCCAGUUCUCCUGAAAAUCAAACACCUGUUCCCAUCUUUGGCAAAGGCCUUCUUGACCAUCUGUAAUGAGACCACAAAGAAUCAGUUCUUUGGUCUCAGGGAUUAUUAUAGCCUCGUCAAAAUGAUCGUUGCUGUUGUCAAAUCAACACAACAAGAGCCAGAUGGUGGACAGUUGGUAGAGGCCAUCUUGCGUAACUUCAGUGGACAACCAGAGGGUUUUGACCCUGUCAUAUUUUUCAACGAGGUUCUCCAAAACUUAACGGAAAUUCCCAGACCAAGCACUUUGCAAAUGGUGAAAAAGAAUCUUGACCAUGACACCAACCAGGUGAGCCGUUACCUCCUUUUGCUGACCACCAACAAUGCAGCGCUCCAUUUCCUUCAGAGACAAAUCUUUGCCAAAGGAGACUAUCCUCCGCCCGAAAUAGUCUUUGGCUCGGGGUUCCCAAAGGACCAGGAAUAUGCCCAAAUCUGCCGUAACGUUAACCGGGUGAAAACGUGCAUGGAGACCGGGCGCACCGUCAUCCUCCUCAACAUGCAAAAUCUUUACGAAAGCUUGUACGAUGCCUUGAACCAGUACUACGUUUACCUCAGUAAGCAGCAGUACGUUGAUCUCGGUCUCGGCUCCCACAGAGUCAAAUGUCGUGUCCAUACGAACUUCAGACUGGUGGUCGUAGAGGACCAGAAGAAAGUCUAUGAACACUUCCCCAUGCCCCUCAUCAACAGGCUGGAAAAACACAGGGUGGAUAGGAGCACUGACCUGGAACCGUGGCAGCACAGGGUUCUCCACAAGCUGAAGGUCUGGGUGGAGGAAUUCUCAUGUAAGGCCUUGGCAGAUUUCAAGCAAUCUGACAUUUUUGUUGGCUACCAUGGUGAUGCCUGUGCCAGCGCUCUCUUGCAAGCACUAGAAAGGAGAGCACAACAAGCUGAUGCCGGUGCAGUGAGACAACAUCAACUGAAUGAAAAAGAUGACUCACUGGAAGGAGAUCAACCAAACAAAAUACUUGAAUCAUAUCCCAAUGAAGAGGUAGCUGAUAAAAAGGACGAUCCGUUGGGUGAUGCUAUGGACACAGAGAUCGCUGGAAAAGAACAAGGAAUCGAAUCAAUCAACGUUUGUGACGAGGAGAACAAAGGGAUGUCCGAGAGAGAAGACUUGAUGGAGAUGGAAAUGGCUGCUGGGGAAAACGAGGAAGAAGAAAUCUUUGAUUUAGCAAAAUGUCUCUUGUUGAACUGUGCCACUCCUGACGCUGUUCUGAGGCUCAAGUAUUCAGAUUUGGCAAACCAGGAGAAGGAGAAACUUCAGAGAAUGUACUUCCAACAACAGCAACACCAUUCCCUCCGAAACUUCCUGGAGGAUUGCCUGAACAAGCAUCAGGGGUCCAACAAGUUUCUCGAGAUAACUACAUUCUCCAGCUUGCUAACCAGAUCGGAUGUCAGGGUGGUUGCCCCUGCUCUCGGACUGCAAACGGAGAGGAUCCUCCUUCUCUCACUCCACCAGUUUGACACUGAGGUCUCCUUCUGCAACAAGAUACGGGGCUUCCUUCGAGAUGCUGGCCCCUCUCUUCACAUCCUGUUAAUCCAGAUGGACCUCGAGGAAUCCCACUGCAGCGAUGAGCUCAUAGCAUCAGCAAAAUAUUGCACCAUGAACUACUUGAUGUCACCGGAGGAUCAGACCUGUUGGGUGAUUUUCAUUGUGAAGGUUUCUAGGAUCCCAAGUAAAUCCCAGUACAUCGGUUUCCAAGGAGGAGUCUGGCACUCCGUGCACAUCGAUGACCUGAGGGAUUCAGAGGACAUGAGCCUGAACCUGCUGGUCUUCUGUGGAACUCUCAUUAGCAACCUCCUCCACCCUGCAGAACUUCGUGACGACGGAGAAACUGCGAGGACAAGUAGAGACUCUCAGGUAGAGAGAAAGGGAGAUGGAGCCCGCCUCCACAAACUGUCCUUGGUGAGGUCGUGCAUCCAAAAGGCUGUGGGCCUGCUGAGGGACCCCGAAGGCGUGACGUCGCGCAGCAUGCAGCGGAUGCACAUCCUUCUGACUCUGCUGGGAGCGGGGCGAGUGCCAAUGGGAGCUCACUUUCAGGAGGUGUUGUUGAGUAGACUGGCCGAGGCGUUGGCCCAGCAAGAGGAGAUGAUGGGCUCUCCGAAGGAGUGGGUGAGCAUGGAGGCCAAGAAACGGCAGGCUCUGCAGGAGGGGGGAACCCUGAGACACACACUGUGGCGCCGGCUUCAGUCCACCGUGACUCCAAUCUUGGCCAACAUGCUGGAAGUUAUGGACAGGUUCGCCAAUCUGGACCUGCUGUGUGAUGGGAGGCUCAGCCGGGAGCUGGCGGAGCUGUGGCUGAACAUCCUGGCAGACUCACAGAUGUUUGAUCUGACACCUCUUCAAAACCAAAGUGACUCAGACCAGGAAGUGCUCGUGCAUCAUCACUACUUCCUGUUGGAUGGUGCAGAGCAGUCCUGCGCCGCUCCCUUCAGCUGGCUCGUCAGAAUCCACCUGGAAAGAAUAUGGGAGGAGUCAGAAUUCAUGCCAGCGACCACGGAGGACGGCUCGGGGAGGAUCCUCCAGUUGGUGAGCGCCUUCUCCGGCAGCCGGCUGGGCGGUCACUUGCAGAAGCUCCCCGACGAGGAGCGCCGGGCGUACGGCCUCCUCUACCUCAGGGACUUCCUGCUGAUCUCGCUGAAGAUCGAGUCCAACGCCGAGCUGAGGGUGUUCUCCAGGGCCGUGUUGGGCUGCGUGUGCGAGCUCCAGACCGCCGUGGGCGUCGCCGCGGAGCUCUCGCCGGCUUGGAUAACGGCCGCCGCCAAACACUUUGCCCCGAGGCUGGACUCCCUCCGCUACAUGUUCCUGCUGCAGCCCCAGCUCGCCGCCGCCGUCGCUCAGCGGGGGUCCGAGACGGAGCCCCGGGAAAUGGUGGAGGACAUCGGGGCUCUGGGCGUCUGCGUCGAACGCACCGAGCUGCAGGCCGUGACCUCCCUGCAGGAGUGCGAGUCCUUCGUGAGCAGAGUGGAGGUCCUGCAGCCGUGUCUGGACCGGGUGUUCGGCCUGAAGUACAGAACCCUCUGCAGCCCCGGCUGUCUGGAGCACCUGGACUCCAUCAGGUCGCUGUGGCACGGCAUGCUGGUUGUUGCGUCGUUCAUCCAGAACGUCGUCUUCAGAGUGGAUCAGAAGGACUCGAGGUUGGGAGGACUGGCUCUGAAGCACUGCGACCUUCACCUGAAGCUGAUGCAGGACUCACCUGACGUGAGGAGCAUGGCCACGCUGCAGCAGCUGAUCCGGAUCCUCAACUCUUUUCAUGACGAGUGUACGAGCCGGGAUCUGAGGUCGGGCACCUCCUGCCCGGUCUGCCUGUCGGCGCUCACGCAGCCGGCCGUGCUGCCCUGCCGACACGUCCUCUGCCUGCCGUGUCUCCGCCGCUGCCUCCUGCAGGACAGGCGUUGUCCUAAAUGCAGGGCGGAGCUGCCGCCCGGCUUCACGCCGGCCGUCUCUCCGGUCGUCCAGGCGGCGCUCCGGCAGCAAGCGGCCGUCAGAGACUGCUGCAACUCCUUCUUCCUGGAGGUGGUGUCCAGGUUCUGCCUCUCCGAGGGGCAGAGGCCCGCAGACGGAGUGGUGGAGCUGCUCUUCUCCCUGCUGGUCUCCGCCAACGGAGACGUGUACAGGACCCGAGAGCUCACCCCCUUCCUGGAGUGUGUGGACAACAGUCCGGUGGUGAGGUCCGUGCUGCCCAAACUGCUGCUGCAGCACAGUUUCGAACAGGUGAAGACUCACAUCCAGACCUACCUGAGGAACCUGGAGGAGAACCUUCUGACCAGAGAAGACCGGACCGAACUCUACCUGCUGUUUGUCAACUGCUUCCAGGACUCUCUGCUGUGCUCGGACGCCAGAGGAGUGGAACCGAGCGCAGAGCGUCGGAGGCGGUCAGAGACGGCGUUCUUGAGCCUCGUUGCCCGUCGGCGAACUCCGGACCGCCGACGGGAUCCGGCGGAGUUCCUGCUCGACGUCGCCAGACUCCGAGUGUGUCUGAGCGCCGCCGCCCGGCUGCUGCAGGGCGCCGCGGCUCAAGGCAGACCUGCCGGCGAGGAGGCUCAGUACCUGCAGCAGGUGAAGGCGGCGUGCGAGGGCGGCGCCAACGACUGGCACCGGGUGUACCUGCUGCGCGCCCUCCACCGGCUCGCGGGCGUGGACUGCGUCCUGACCCUGAUGAACAACCCGGCCUGGAGGUGGGCCUUCCCUCCACAGCUGCUGCGGCUGCAGAGGUUGAUCCCGACCAACGUGGACCAGUUCCUCUGCUGCGGGGAGCCGUACCGAGCCACCAGGGACGCCGUGGGCCACGUUCUGCUGGAGGACAGAUCGGACUCCUUCGUGACUCAAAUACAGGAGCUGAGCAGCAGGUCUCAGAUCAGCCUGCUGGCCUUGGCCUUGUUCAGACAGGUCACCUGCCGCUACAAGUCACCUGACGUGGGCGCGCUCCCCUCCCCUCAGGCGCUGGCGUCGCUGCAGCAGCUCCUGGCGAGCGUCCGGCCGCCGGAGUUCAGGGAGUUCUGCGCGGCGCUGCUGUCCAAUCGGAUCGGCGGACCGCACUCGGCUCUCCGCGUCGACGCGCACACGCCUGCUCAGAGACAAACCCUCCUGGAGCUGCUGGUCCAUCUGGACUCGGUGGUCCUCAGUGGAAACCCUCUGCUGGUUCCCCUUCACCAGAUCGCCUGCCAGCCUCAGAAUGUCACGAAGUCCUUCCUGCCCACCAUGCCCGACGACCACCUGAGUGAAGUCAAACAGUGGUUUGCUAACGGAAACCGGGCCGAGCUGUACUACUGCGCCAAUGGACACCCGUUCUUAGUGACAGAGUGCGGAAAACCGAUUGUUAGAGACCAAUGCCACGAGUGUGGAAAGCCAAUCGGUGGGGAGCGUCACCAAGCAGUGCCAGGAUUUACUUUAUCUCGAAGCUCCGGGGAUCAAACCCGGACCGGACACAUCCUGGGAGACGCGGACCAGAGGUCCGAAGCCCCGGAGAGGCAGAUGUCGUACGCCAAGUCCUGCAUCCUGCGGCUGCUCACGCACCUCGCCAUGCUGCAAGGCGCCACGAGGAACGACAGAGGAGUCGGUGGCAUGAUCCACCCCAGGCCCCGCGAUGUUCACGCCUUCCUGUGGAGACACCUGGAGGAGGACCUGCGGGUUCUGGGCCGGGCGCUGGACCAGAACGUGGACGGCGCGGCCGUCACCGUUCACCUGAUCCUCAACGCGUGCGCAGAACGCCCAGGUUCCCGCGGAGCGACACCGAACCUGUCCUCCAAACAAGGACGGCAGCUCUGGGAGAAGCUGGUCUGCGACUCCGCCGUCAACCCGGUGCUUAAUAGUUUGCAGAAGCGCCUGACCGCGGCUCAGGAGAGAGUCGGCGAUGACGACGGACUCGCCGGGAGUCCCCUGAUGACCCUCCUCUUCGGGGACCCCGGGGCCAUGUUGUCCCUCCCCUCCGACUGCCCGACGCACCGCUCCUCCUUCUGGACUCUGCAGGAGGCCAUGACGGUGGAGCGCUUCACUCAGCUGGUGGGAGAAGCCGAGGGCUCCUUCCCGCUGCUGAGCCUGUUCCUCCAGAAGAUCCGCAGUGUGCGCCGGCUGCACCACCUCCCUGAGUUGGCUGCGUUACAGGCCGACCUGCUGAGGGCGCUUCCCCCGACCUCACGCUCCGCAGACCAGACCGUUGCCCAGAUGUUACGCAAGAUACCAGCGGGAUACCAGAGGAAGAGGCUGCAGGAGAGAGUGGAGACGUUCAUGGAGGUGUGGAACUGCCUCAGAGCCGAGGUGGCCAACAGCUCAGCAGACUCGGGUUUGGAUGUGAACUUGACGGCCGAGAGCCCCGCGGAGGUUCUGACUCCGAGCCGACACGGACCGGGGGCGUGUCUCCGAACUCUAGUGGACUUCCUGUCGGAGACCCACAACAGCCUGGUGCGAGCGAGCCAGCAGGAGGACGGUGGAUACAGCGUUCCUCUGGAGAACGUCUCGGAGACCCAGCUGACUCUGUGCAGCCCGGAGAGAGAGCUGCUCCCUCUGGUUCUGGCCCACUGCCACUACACCUUGAAGAAAGGUGAGGAGACGGACAGGAACUACGACCUGCCGGGGAUCCAGACCCAGCUGGCCCGCCGCUUCCUGGCCGGGAAACCACUCAUCCAAGCGGACACCUCCAGGUACUUGAACAGGCACCUGCAGGACUUCUCUGUGGUUCUUCACGAGGUCCGGGACAAGAUCCAUCAGGUGAGGCCAGAGUCUUCACCUGCGAGCAACCGAUCGGAUCCUUGAGACGGUCGUCCAGACGACACCGACAUAUCUGCAUGGGUUGCUGUGGUAACCACGAAGAUGACGGUGAUGAGGAUGAAGGUUUAGGGAGCGGAGAGGGAGCGCUGAUGAAGACGAUUUAUUUAGGCGUCAGUCCACGGACUGUUCUCCUCCAUGUUCUCCUCCAUGUUCUCCUCCAUGUUCUCCUCCAUGUUGUCCUCCAUGUUCUCCUCCAUGUUGUCCUCCAUGUUCUCCUGCA